AUGGUAUCGGAUCCAAAAUGCUACAAUCCGAAAAUCGUCCGCCACUUGAAUAUGGCGAAUCAUCGAAAAAUGAGUCAAGAUGUUUAUCGCGAUCGAACUCUAAUGCAAACUAUAUCCCACAGUCAACAUCCUGGUUUAAUAUCCCAAUCGGCGGGAUCUGGGGGAAGCGGUUCAGCUUCUGCAAACAACUUGAACUUAGACGAAGAUGGUGAAAACAUUACGGUAGCACUGUCACAGACCGGUCUACAGACACCACUAUGA